AGAACAAAACGCUUAAAAGCCAAAAGCAAAACAAAAACCAGAGAGAUACGAGAGACGACAUAUGGGAGAGUAGAUCCUUUGGCCCGUUAUCGUCGGGCUCUAUUCAUUCCUUCAAAGCUUUUCGAUAUCUCUCAUAAAUUGAUAAUGGGUGUAUAAAUCUGUCUCCUUAAUAAUCCCGCAAUCUGGUUGAAAACUCUUGGUGUUUGAAGGAUUGAUUCAAUGUCGUCGUCUACGGUGGAAGAUCUUGCAAUGGAUUCUCAGGUUAAUAAUGUUACUGAUAGCAGCAAUGUAACUAAACCGAAACAACCCGCUUGGAAUAAGCAGCCUAUUUCUACUGUUGCUGCUGCUGAUACUUCUGACUUUGGUUCUGUAAUGGGGGAUUUCUCAUGGCCUGCUCUUUCUAAAUCAGCCAAGGCUUCACCAAAAUCAUCUUCUGAUUCUUUAAAAUGUCUUUCUGAUGGAUCAGUCUCAGCCCCACAGGGUUCUGGGGUUAUAUCUUCGCCAAAAUUACAAACAAAUAAUAAUGCGAACUCGAAUUCUAGUCAGAACCAUUCAUUCUCGAAGCGUGAGAAGUCUGCGAAGCGUGGUGAGACAGCACAGAAUAAUAUUGGCAAUCCAGGACAACAAUCUGGGUCACAGGAUUCACGUAAAGGCCCUCAUCACAAGAACACAAAUGUUGAUGGUGGAUUAAGGGGAAGAGUUGGGUCACAACCCCGCCCUGUGAAUAGUAAUCAUUCUCAAACUCAACAAACUAAUUGGUCUAGAAGGAGUAAUUAUGGGGGUAGACAACGUGACAAUCAGGAGCCAUGGAGUUCUCACCAUCGAAAUCAGCCAAGAGUUGUUCCGAGGAACUUCGUUGGACCUCCAAUAAUUAGUAGUCCCAACCCUUUAAGCAAUACACCUGCUGCAGUUAGGCCACUUACACCACCAAUGCCACUCCCUGUGUAUCAUGUUCCAGCUUCAAUGCCUCCAGAACCCAUGAGAGUUAUGCCAUUUCCACCACCCAUUAUGCCGAUGUUUGUUGUACCAUAUCCUCCCCUCAUGGAAUUGCGUGCUCAAGUAAUAAAACAGAUAGAUUAUUACUUCAGUCCUGAGAAUUUGGUAAAGGAUAGUUUUUUGCGCAGUCGCAUGGAUACAGAUGGGGGUUGGGUACCGAUUUCCUUGAUAGCGGGGUUUAGAAAGGUCAAGGAGUUGACGGAGAACAUACCAUUUAUAUUGGACACAUUAUAUUUUUCAUCUGUUGUCGAGGUCAAGGGUGACAAAGUAAGGAAGAAGAACGAUUGGAUGAAGUGGCUGUUGAUACCAUCGCAAGGUGCAGCUGGUGGUGACCAACUAGCUAGUCGGAUGGAAAAUCUAGGACUAGAAGACGGCAAUACUAGUGAUGCCAUCGCAAGAAGUCUCACUGCAACUUCGGCAUAGUCCCAUCGUUGCACAUUUUGAGUUACUAAAAGGGGACUUUAGCUCCUAAAUGUGGAAUAUCCACAAAAGAGUUUUGACCAUGUCAGUGGCGGGAUUUCCUUGAUAGGAAACAGUAAAGGAAUAGCUUAUAGACAGAAAAAGGAAAACAUUUUUUUCUUUAUUAUUUAUUUUAUUUUUGUCGUGGUUAGUUUACCUGGUAACCAUGCAUGGGAUGUACAAAUUUGGUUUGACAGUGAAUGGUUUAUCUUUAGACUGGUUGAUAUUUUGUUUAUGGUGGCAAAAAUUCCAGUGCUACUUUUAGUUGUA